UUCCUCUUUCUUUCUAUAUAUUGUUACACAUUAGAAAACUGAUCAAAUGGCUCCUGAAUUCCAACCGGUAAUCUUAGCCGGUGGUGAGGGUUCAAAGAUGUACCCCCUGACAGAGGAUAUACCCAAGUGUUUACUCCCAAUUGGAAACAUGCCCAUGAUUUGGUAUGUUGUAAAUUACCUUGAGCGAUAUGGGUUUCAAGACUUUAUUGUUAUUGUGAGACAAAAUGCGGCACAAAAAGUUCAUCAGUCCUUACAAACACUAUGUGCCGAAAAUUCCAAGUUUGAAUUGGUGCAAAUUCCUGAUGACGAUGAUGUUGGCACAGCGGAUUCCUUAAGGUUAUUAAAAGAUAAAGUUAAAAGUGAUCUAAUUAUUGUUAGUUGUGACACAAUAACAGAUGCUCCGUUAAAUUGUUUGGUUGACAUGCACAGAACGUAUGAUGCUAGUUUAACUGUGAUGAUGUCAAAUCGUGUUGAACUCCAACUGGACAGGGAAACAACAGCUGCAAGUAAAAAUAAACAAAGGGAUCCUCUCUCUGGUAUACGUGACAUAGUUUCAAUCCAUCCUAAUGAAAAUAGACUACUCUUCUUUCAAAAUGAAGGCGAUUUAGAACAAGAAAAUAUUUCAAUAAAGAAGUCUACUUUGAAGAGGUACCCUAGAAUGAAGUUGAAGACAGAUCUGGUUGACAGUCACUUGUAUAUAAUGAAAAAAUGGCUUCUAGAUUAUCUGGUAAACUACGAAAAGCCUGAAAGUAUAAAAUCAGAUUUCAUACCACACGUGAUUCAAAAACAGUUUUCCAAACCAAAGAAAAAUAACAAGGAACAGAUACAAGACACAAGUUAUAUAGAAGAAAAAGAAAUAAAAACUAAUAAAUCCACAGAUAUUUAUUCAUAUUGUUGUCUUGAUGAGCUCACAACAUAUGCACGCGAAUGGUCAGGCUAUCAAGGCAAUUGUUUAAAAGACACGAUUAAAUGCCAUGCUUAUGUGACCGAUGGAUUCAGCUUAAGAGUUAAUACUCUGCCUGCUUACACUCACAUGAAUAAACAAAUAAAAAAGCUGAAAGAUACAAUCGCACCACAUGUUGAAUUUCCAGUACUUCAUCCAAGUGUUACACAAACUGGAAAAACACAGGUAGGAAACGACUGCAUAGUCGGAGAAUCAACAACGAUUGCAGCCAAUGCUACUAUCAAAAAGUCGGUUAUCGGUAAACAUUGUAUCAUCGGAUCGAACGUUCGGAUUAGUAAUUGUGUGGUUAUGAAUCACGUGACUAUAGAAGAUGGCUGCGUGUUACAAGGUAGCAUCAUAUGUGAUCGUUCUAAUCUUCAAACAAAAUGUUCGUUGCUCAACUGCCAAGUUAGUAGUGGUCAAACAGUCAAAGAAAAUGCCGAGUUGAAAAACGAAAGUAUCGUCCAAGAAGAAAUGGAAUUUGAUGAAUAACAAUGAAUAUUUAGUAAAAGAAACAUAUUGCUUUUAAUUUA